AUGAUGUCAAUCAACAAAGGGAAAGGAAUAGAUGAAGGUUCUUCGAUACUAGGUGGUGUUGGUGCUGGUGGUGGUGCUGUUGUUGUUGCUGAUCAGCAGAAUCCACAGCCGUUGAGCCGGUACGAGUCACAGAAGAGACGGGACUGGAACACUUUCGGACAGUACUUAAGAAGCCAAAGGCCACCGGUCGCGCUUUCGCGGUUUAACGCCGAUCAUGUCCUCGAAUUCCUUUGUUACCUCAACCAAUUCGGUAAGACCAAGGUGCACUUACAAGGUUGCGUGUUCUUCGGGCAACCGGAACCGCCUGGGCCGUGUACGUGCCCGCUCAGACAAGCUUGGGGUAGCCUCGACGCUCUCAUCGGUCGACUCCGGGCCGCUUACGAAGAGAAUGGCGGGUUGCCUGAGACCAACCCUUUUGCCAGUGGUCUUAUAAGGAUUUAUCUUCGUGAAGUGAGGGAUUCCCAGGCUAAAGCUCGGGGGAUUCCUUACAAGAAGAAGAAGAAGAAGAAGAGGAACCCAUUGAAGACUAAUGAAGUUAGCUCAAGCUUCACCAUUCAGCCGCCUUGAUUCUCUCAUGGGUCUUAAAAUAAAAUUCCAAGAGCUUGAAUCAGUUUGUUACUAGUACUACAACAUCAUGCUAAAGCUCCAUCUUACUGGGAAAUCAGCAAUCAUUUCCUCCUGGGAUCUAGAUAUUGGUAUAUAGCUAGCUAGUUCAUGUUCAUCAGCACUGU